AUGCACAACAAACCAAACACGGAUCACGUCUGCUUCCGCGUGAUGCAAAGUAGCAGCAGUCUCGGUGCUGCUGUGGAUGGCAAUAGAAGAGCGGACCAGUUCGGAUACAUGCUGAACUUGUUCACCCACCCGACCAACAACGUACCGCCCAAUCACCAUCCCGCCACCGGUGAAUUAAUGGUUGCAAGCGCGUCAGGUGCCGGAUUGAAUUUCCCGUUUGCUCUGAGGAAUUCAGAGGCUGAGACGCAUUCGAAAACCGAAGAUGGCGUGCCAACUGGUCACGGUGUGAUAGAACGGCGCGGCUCAACGCGCGAGGAUAACGGCGACGUGACACCGAUCAGCAUUUGCUCUGACUGGGACAAUACGGCACAGGCCACUAAAUAUUCGACUAGCACAGCCACCGAACUGCAGGCCGCUAUGGAAGAGGAUGACGACGAUGCAACGAUCUCAAUCGAGAGCUGCCUUAGUACAAGGACAACCAGCGAACAGCUGGCCACACUCGCCAGAGAGUGCCCUAUAGUGGCCCCGCGCGGGGUGCACCAGUUUCCGCGAACAGCAGAGAAAACUGCAAAUCACGCGCUUUCCAUCAACUCAGUCAGACCGCCAGGAGUUCCAGCGGGAAGGACGUUAUCAGUCGAGGACCACACCGGUGGCCCCGUCCGGGGAAGCCGAAUACAGCGUCAGAUCAGUUUAUAUGAGAGGGAUAGCCGUACCGAGACGAACAAUUCGACACAAGAUAGGGAGCACCCAGUAAGGUGCCCGGGAAGCAAACCGAUAUUACAAAUCCAUAUGUCCUUCGACGAGCAAAGUAAGGAUCGAUCCAGUCUAUCGGGCGGCGGGAAGCGCUGUUCGUCCAGCGACCAGCAGGAAUGUUUAAGGACGCGUCAGCUACAGUACCGAGACGAGUCCGGGGAUGCACUGAUGUUAACCAGCAGCGCUACCCAUGCACCAGUUAACCCCGGUGCCCUCGUUAUCCGCGAGGGCUUCAUCGAUCCACCUAGGCUAACACGCGUCACAAAAAGCUUCCACGGUAAGACGGACCAUCAAACGGAACAACACCAGCAAAAGCAUCGGGAGCACGGAAGGCGAACAGCGUCAAUCGAGGCCGGGUGGCGGUGGAGCCAAAUGGACGGCAUUGGUGCUUCUGAUAAUGUCGGAUGCGGUGGCAAUACUCUCUUGGGUCGGUACAUUACAAACUGCAACCGUCAGCAGAGUGUUGGGAGCGUGGUUAGCAGUGACGGAGGGCUCCAUCAGGGUCGCUUCACGAUGUUGAUCGUCCAGGAACCACCGCCGGAAAAGGCCCUUAACAACACCAGCGUGCCAGUGGCUAGAGAAUCCGUGUCACAUGGCGGUGGUGACACUUCAAAGAAGUAAAUUUUAUCGAUUUGUUAACGUUGAAAAAUUGCAUAGCAAUUAGUUGAAAUGACUAAACCGCACGAAAACUGUUUUGACCAGAGAAUGAUUCCCAAGGAAUACUUGAGGGAAUUGUGAAAAUGCAUAAGAAAUA